AUGGAAGGAACUUUUAAUUUCUGUGUUUUUAUCGUAAUUGGUUUUUUUGUCAUUGGUGUGAUAGUUGGCGUUCUGGUUUACUACCACCUCAUCGUGAAAAACACUAAUAGCAUCGGAGUUCACGAAGAUCUUGUUCCUGUACUUCAUCCUCAGGAGUUGGUAGUUGAUGCUCUAAAGCACAAGUGUACCGAAGAAAGUGACUUCUACGUACUAUCCUUCUAG